UCCACCUCCACCUCCCACAAGUCCUUGCAUUCCUCCACAAGUACCUCCUCCUCCAACACCUAUCCCUCCCCCAGCAUUUACCAUUCCACUGGCACCUGGCCCCACAACACCACCUACUCCAACCCUGGAAGGCUCAUAUUCAUAGUCUUUUUUGACAUGGCGAAAUUUACAUUUAUUGCCCCUUUGGCACUCUCCUUUCAAGAAGUCUCUGCAGAUAGGGACCUCCCCACGGCUAUGGGGGAGAUCCAUAGGGGACAGGCCCAGUCGUGCAGCAACUUUCCCUCUUAGUCUGAGGGGUAGCUCUCCUGUUUUUUUGUAAUAGUCCUCAUCCUCUUUAGAUCCAUGGACAAAGCGGCAGUUGGAGCGCAUACACUCCUUAUUCUGGUGGUCAUGACAGAAGAUGAAUUCGUUCUUUUGCACUCCCAAGUCUGGCACCUCAUUAAAGUCUGGGUGUCUAAAGCGGCAGCGCUUCCCCCUCUUGCAGACAUUGCGUAUGAAGUCCCUGCAGACACCGUCCAACGCCAGUCCUGCACCGUGCCCCCCACCUCCACCGUUCCCACAGCUGUUGCCAUUUCCAAGCGCCCCUCCUCCCCCCAUGCUCCCGGAGCCAGAGACGUUGCCACCAACACUUCCUCCUGAACCUCCUCGACCCUCUGUCGAGCCCCCUACCAAACCAGACCCAGGUCCUCCGUCCUCGCCCAGACCACCAGCACUCCCACCACCACCUGACAGGUAGGAACUGUCCCGGUCAGGCAUGGCGCUCGGCCCAGCGCGAGGAGAAAACAGCACUCAUGUGUAUGAAGGGGGCUGACGUGACCUAGCAAACAUUUACAUGAGACAAGCAAAAAGGCGCCCGGGCAUGGCUGUGCAAGGUGUUUUCCACUGGAUGCAAGCCUGCGUGGUGCUGCAGCUCUGCUUAUCUGAAGCUCUGCCUGCUGCCCCAGAGACAGGCAGAAAUUACUACGAUACUCUCGAUGUUGAGCCAACAGCAACUGACAUCCAGAUAAAGAAGGCUUUCCGCAAACUGGCCAUAAAAUACCACCCCGAUAAGAACAAGAGCGCCGAUGCAGAGACGACUUUCAGAGAGAUUGCUGAAGCCUACAAGGUGCUCUCCAACAAGGGGAAGAGGAGGCUGUAUGACAGUACGGGCCAUGAGGCUUUCCUAAAAGAUGAGGCCUCUGUUGAUCCUGAGGACGAACAUGAGACAAGCUUCCACUUCAGUUUUAAAGACCUCUUCCAUGACCUCGAUGAUAGUCUCUUUGCGGAGGAGCCAUACUUCCACUGGAGCUUUCACCAAGAUGGGGAGGAUGAGGACAGUCCACAUGGACAUUACAGUUUUGAAGAUCCUGUCUUCAGCCUUUAUUUUGGGGACGGAGAAGAAAAUGAAGAAGAGUACCACUACUAGAUAUCCGGUGUCUUAGUCCUGUAUCCUGCAUGACUUAUGUUUUAAUUUGUUGUAUUUUGUUGAUAAUAAAGUAUCUAUGUUAGA